AUGAAGAUUUCCACUGAAAUCUACCUGAACAGGUUGGCACAGAUACGUGGACACCGUCGCUGUGACAAGACUGGGGAGCAGGCUGAGCUGAAGCAGCGGGUCCACAGGAGCAGUCUUGGCAGACGGGGGGUUAGUUUUGCUCCUUACAGGUUCGGAGGAGCAAGCACCACAGUGUCCCUUCUGCAGGAGACCCUUCACGAGCUCCACUGCCAGUCUCCUCCCCCCGGCAAAGACUUCCACCGCUUCCCCAUCCCCUGCGCAGAGGUGAUCUGGAGUACUUGGAGGAUUUCCUUUCAACCUAGCCAAGAGAAGGUUUUCCCAAAGGAGGUGAAGAAACUCCAUACAGAAUUUCUGCUGGAUCAGCAGUUACAGAAGCGGGUGAGGAACAUCUUUGGCAACAACACGCUGGAGUACACAGUUAAUUUAUGUCAAAGGCAUUAUAAUUUUCUCAUCCGAAUGCCCAAGAACCUAAUUGUACACAUGCUGUCAUUUCUAGAUGCUGAUGACCUUCAACAGCUGUCAAAAACAUGCAAGAAGUUCCAGCAGUUAUUCAGCAGUGAAGAAUUUUGGGAGAGAGUUAAACUGUUAAGAGAGAAACCAGCUCUUGGUAAGAAGAAGAUGACAUUUUCAGUCUUCAAGAAGAGCUUCAAUGAAAAGCCCAAGCGGAUGCAGAGAAGACAGAGUGCAUUCUUUUAA